GUGCCUGGAGGACUGCUCUUUUCGGUGCCUCUCUGCCCCCCGCUCAUGCUCACGUCUCCGAGCCUGCUCUCCGGCACCACGGUGGGCUGCGGGCUCCUCUUCCUCCUGCCUCAGUCUCCCCAGCUCUCCGCCGACCCUCUCGGACCGGGUCUCCUAGAGGUGCCCGGCAUCCUGCUCUAUUGUCCCUGGGGCAGCGAGGCCCCUGACACCAGCUCACUUUUUCCUCUGAGAUCGGGAGCACAUUACUCAUUCUUCCUCUUUCCCCUCCUUGCUGACUCCUCGCCUCUGGGGACAGCCCCGGAGGGAGGCACCAGGCCCCCUGAUCUACUCCUGGGCCCUGUAGGGUCAGUGCUUUUGGGAUGUCGCCAUCUGGUCGCCUGUGUCUCCUCACCAUCAUUGGCCUGAUUCUCCCCACCAGAGGACAGAUAUUGAAGGAGGCCACAUCCACUUCUCCAGAAGACCCAGCCAGGGUGAACAUUCAUGCCCUGACGCCGGCCCCAGACGCAGGCCACCUAGAGCCCCAGUCCACCCCUCAGACAACCCUGCAGACUGGUGGAACAACACAGGAGCAGGAAGAGGAGACCCAGUCCCCACAAACAGAGGGGACCCAGUCCCCGCAACCAACGGGAAUGCACGGGCUUCUAGCAACAGGUCCGAGGACUGGCAAGAGCGGCGCAGAAGCCACUCCCUCUGCUGAACCCACUAAAGGCACCACGCUCUCCAAGAGGCAGUCUCCGGGCAAAGGCAUCAGGUCGGACCCUGUCCUCAGGCCUACCGGCUCCAGUGAGGACGACCCCUUCACCUAUGACGAGGGCACGCUCCGGAAGCGGGGGCUGCUGGUCGCAGCUGUGCUGUUCAUCACGGGCAUCGUCAUCCUCACCAGUGAGACUCGGACCUGGGGGAGGCACCGAGCCUGGGAGGGAGGAGCUCUGGCUUGAACUUUGACUCAAGGUGGCAAGUGUAGACGGUUACCCCAAUUAUGCCGGAAUCGUAACAGGUGAGACCAUCGGAAAGAGGGGCCGGCAACCCAGUCGAUGGGCACCCCAAGACUGAGUCCGCACCAGCUCACUGUGCCCAGCCACCUCCCUCCCCUCGCAGAGCCUACAGAAUAGUCAGUAAAGCCCACCGUGCAAGGGAAGACCCGGAUGGAGCCAGAGCCAGGGCUGAUGGCCCAAGGCCCCUACCCUUAUCACCCCACCCACCCAGAGGGCCGCCCGGGCUCCCUGGGCUCUGUCCGCCAAGUUACCCAUUCUGUUCAGACGAAAAGUAAAGCACAGUGGUCCUUGCC